AUGAUGUUGCUAAACGAGGGUCCAUUAGGCCAUUACGGCCAUUCUAUAUUUAUUGUCAGACACUUAAAUGAUCAUUUAUUUUCAGAUGAGAUGCAAGCUGCUUCAUUAGUACGAAGAAUAAACGAAGUGAGAGAUCGCUCUCAAAUUAUUUCCAUCCUCAAUGAUAUCUUUGCGGUUGUGUCUGAUGAAAGCACAAGUACAAUCUUACGAACUGCAAUUUUACAAGCAUUAAUUGAAAAUUUUAAGCCUUCAUUUAUUGGCCUUUUGACAUUCAAUGAAAUCACCAAACGUUUAGGAAAAAUAUUCACCGCUUCGCCUAUUGAAGAUUCAAUUAUUUUACUUAUGAAUUCGCUGCGAAAUUGUAACAGAGAUAAUCUUUGGUAUACUUUAACAAUACUUCUUCACGUUGAAGAAAAUGGACUUAGUAAACUUCUAUGCAAAAGUCUUUCAAAAGAUCCGUCAGAUGUUCAUUGGUCAUCACUCGUUUCCGAAUUAUCCGUUUCUUUUAAACAUUUUCCUGACGUGUUACAUAAUUUUUCUGGUGAAAUCACGACACCUUAUUCGAAGGAUAAGGACGAUAAAUAUAAAUCAUUGUCAAAAUUUCUUUCGAAUCAUUGGUCUUGCUUAAGUCAGUCCAUGAAAAUUGCACUUAAUCGUGCAAAAGAAAUGUGUGAUAAUUCUGAAGAUGUCAAUUUGCGUUUGCUUACUGCAUUGGUGCCUACAAUACUUUCUAAUCUCAAAAUAUUUAGUAGCUUUAUCGAUUGGCUUGAAAAUUAUCCAUCUUCUAUUACUUGGGAGCACUUAUCGGCUAAGCUUCUAUCCGAUACGGCAAAUGGUAUUUUAUUUGCUGAAAAACUCGUUCAAAAUGUUGUGAUAUGUACCAAAAAUGGAAGAUCUCUUCAUAAACUAUUUGGGGAUGAAAUUGUCAAUUCUCGUAUCAUUAAGCGAACCAUUUUUCACAAAAUGUUAUUGAUAAGAGUCUAUGAUCAAAAGGACAACAUUCCGAAGAAACUGGCACAAUGUUUGAAAAUCGGCAACAUGAAUGGAACCAGUAAUGAUGCAUGGAAUGUGUUACACAUUGAGACUAUACAUAAUUUAUUAGACGCUUGGGCUGAUACAGCACAUAUAUUGCACUCAUCUGAUGAACAGCGUACUUAUGUUGCAAUUGCUUUAUUAUAUUUUGUUAAAUAUGCUAGGUACCUUUCCAUUGUCGAACAUAUUCGGUCUCUCAUAGGACAAAAGGUGAGUGAUGCAGUUUUGGCUGGCGUUGAAACUCACCUGAAAUGUAUAGAUUGCAAACGACGUUUCCGUGGAUUGUACGUUGCUGAGUUAUUACUUGGGUGGCUAUCUAUUGGAGAUUUACAUUUUGAUUAUCCAGCGAAUAUUGAGGAUGAUCUGUCUGAUCUCCGAAAAAUAGAUCAAGAAAAUAUUAAUGAUAUUAAUGAUACUCGAGAAGUGAAUGAAACAAACUUCCAAACAACAACUGAAACUGCUCCAAUAGAAUCUGAUUUAGCGAAAGAAGCUGUUGAACCAACAGUUCGUUCGGAUACGCUUGAUAGUGAUGAUGACGAUGAUUUUCCUCACUAUCAAUUACCAGAAAGAGAACUUCAUCCAAAAAUUAUGUCAGAUGACGAUUUAUAUGUUCCAAUCGAAAAUCGUGUUAAUCCUCCCAAAUAUAUUCGUGAUUGCUGCGAAAUGCUGAACGAAAAAGAAAACUACGCCAAAUUUGAAGUUGCUUUCAACACACUGAACCAAUUAAUUAGACGUAGAGUUGUGGCUUAUGAUGAAAUUGCAGAAAAUUUAAUAAUACGACUAAUUAACCUUUCUGAUAAUUUCAAAACACCUGAUUUCGAGGUGAAACGUCAAGAAAUGAUUGUUUCAUGUCUGGUAAUGAGUCCCCAACUGGCUAGCAUUGCUAUCAGUACGAUGUAUUCAAGAAAUUGCUGUAUGUAUAAUCGGUUCGUAAUAUUAGAAUCUUUAUCUGCCGCUGCAACAGAAUUGUCAAAUCCUCCUUCGUCAUCUAAAUCUCAUAUUGUCGAUUCUAAGCCAUUAGUCAACAUCGAGACAUCAUGGAGGCAAAUCAUUGAUGAAAGAAUCAAAGCUAAGUCUCGCCACUUUCGUAGUGCCACAUCGGAGUCGAAUCCAGUCAAAAAUCGUUUCGCGAAUCUGGCCAAAGUUUUCUUUUAUCCGUUAACAGUAAUGGAGCAACAUCGCGAACAUCUUGAUUUACUGAAUAUUGACUAUAUGCUUCUAGCAAAAAUUUUAUUUACUCUUGGUCAUAUAUUGCAGUGUGCAAAAAACUGUACUUGUGCUCCGAAUAUGGCGAGCACACUGGUUGAAUAUUUAAGACCAUUACGUUAUCACGAACAAUGUUCUGUGCGGCAAUCAGUUUUGUUUUGUUAUUGUUCUAUAUGCUUAUCAUUGACUAGCAGUGUUCUUUUGGAAUUAUUUACAAAUUCUUUACACGACUGGAUGGAUUAUGCACAAAAAAUGGCUGAUAAUGAUCCAAGCAAAGAAUGCCGAGAAUUGGCAUUAAUCACCGGAAAAUGCAUAUUUGAGCAGUUGAAUAGUGGUGGCGCAUAA